AGGAUGUCCCGCUUUACUUGCAAGCAAACUCCAAGUAACAAGUUUAUCGCCGCAUUAUUCACACAAGAACAUUGCCGCCGAAUCAAAGCUCCUUCCCGCGGGACUUUGCCCGCAGUACGCAGUGCCCCAGUGGGCCGCUGCACAUAAGAAACUGACAAGAUGAAGUGCAGACUGGGAAGCGCAUAGAGGCGUCUGGCGAGGAGGCAACUUUUCCGGGAGGCUAGCGGCAAGGAUGGAGCGGCAGUCGUCGUUCGGCAGUCAGGGGAGCGGGAGGUCAAGUGCUACCAAAAUCGUCGAUGAGGCCAACAAACAUGGAGACAAGGGGGAUAACCUCAAUGCCAACAACGGCUUUGUUGUUGCCCUCUUCGGGGCGUUGUUCACGCUUGCAAAGGAGAAGAUCAGCGACAGCUGGAAAGUCGCUGUACUAACGGUUGUGGUGGACUUCCUGCUCAUUCUUGCCAUCAUGCUGAACCUGGAGUACCCCUGGGCGGUCGAUCCCACCAACCCUCUGUUCAAGAUAUUUUACAUGAUUGAAAUUCACAAGCCGCUGUCGGCCGCGGGAUACAAGUUUUACCUGGUCGUGUUCUACCUGCUUUCAGCUAUGCUGUACGUGUGCAUCGCAAUUUGUGUGUGGGUGGCGUGGUGCUUCAAGAAUGACUCAUUCCCGUUCUUGUGGCCCAUCAAGUUCGUGCGCGUGGUGGCCAGCCUGUUCUUCGGCAUGUUCUACAUUGCGGCACUGAACAUCUUUUUGGUCAUCCUCGAAUGCGCCCCUGAUCAUGGAGUUUGGGCGCAGCACAUCUGGCACGUCCAGUGCUUUGCAAUGCCACACCUAGUCCACCUCAUCGUCGCUGUGUUGAGCUCGAUUACGUUUGCGGUGGCGGCUCUGCUGCUGGUGACUGCGGACCACGAACUGGAGCCCAUGUCGCGCAGCCUGCUGGCUGCGCCGCACAGCAUGUGCGAACUGAAGGCGCAGCUGGCCAAGACCGUUAUCACGGUCGUGGACGUGCUGCUGUGGGACUACCCGCGCGUGCAGGGGGUCGUGUUCAUGAUGUGCUGCGUCUCAACGUUCUAUUUCCACAUCAAGCAGCUGCCCUACUAUACCUCGUGGGUGAACAGCUUCCGGCUGUGCUUCUUCGGGGUGCACGCCUGGGUGGCCAUCCACCUGUGCGUGCUGGUGUUCAGCGUGGAUGCGGAGCUGGUCAAGAAGGGCAAACUGGGCUACAUGGUGUGGGACAUCAAGAACUAUGAAACCGCGAAGGCCAUUACGGACUCUAUGUCGUACGCGCUGCCCUUCGUGUUCUUCGGCUCGGGCCUGGCCGCCGCAAUGCGGCUGUACUACUUCUUCCGUGUGGCGCUCAAGUUCCAGAUCCUGCAGCAGCAGCCCAAUCUGUACUCGAAGCGCGUGCACCGCUUUGCGGACGACAAGGACGUGGAGGUCGCCAGCCGCGUGGCGCGUGUGUGGGACGAAGACGGCAACACCGACCCACAGCUGCUAGACCUGGCGGAGGUCAUCAUCCGCGCUGGCAUGCAGCAGUUUCCCAAGUCGCCCUACUUGCACAUCGUGUACGCCAAUUUGUUAAUUGAGUGCAAGCAGCAGUUACAGAGCGGCUGGGCUCAGAUGGAGGAAGCCCGGCGGCUGCCUUUGAACCUCUCGUAUCGGUUCUCAAUCUUCACGCGCGAACAGGAGCAUAAGCAGAAGGCGGCUGUCAGUAGCAGCGGAGAGUCCGCGACGGACCUGGUGUCUUACGUCGAAUUCCAGCGCAACUGGCGCAUGAUUCAGUCCUACCACAAGGCUGCGCUGAUGGCGAUGCGAGAGUUCUGGCGCCUGCUGCUGAAUGACGCCGUCAACCUAAACUCGCUUACCUCGGCGUUCCGCAAGAUUGAAAAGAUGGAGAGCCUGGCAGACAAGACCUACAAGCUUGUGCUGGAGCGGUACCCAAAGGCGGUGAAGCUGCUCCGCAGCUACGCCAACUUCUUGGAGAUGGUGAAGAACGACCCAUGGACUGCGGCGCAGUACAACGCCGAGGCCGAUAAGCAGGAGGAGGCGCUGGAGAACGCGGAGCAGGACCUGGGUGGCGAGGACGGCCUCAGCAUGCGCAACAGUGCUAUCGUCACCAUCAAUGCACAGGGCAUCAUUCAAAUGGCCAACAAGCACGCUAUCAAGAUAAUGGGCUAUGCCAAGGGCGAGCUGGACGGCAAGAACAUUUCGUGCCUCAUGCCGCAGCCCUUCUCCGCGCGUCACAAUGGGUACCUGCGCAACUACGUCACCACCGGCAAGGCGAAAAUUCUGGACAGCGUGCGGGAGGUUGUGGCGCUGCACCGCGACCGCUACGUGUUCCCCAUCAAGAUCAUGGUCACCAAGAGCCAAGGCAGCGGUGCGGACGCCACAUUCAUGGGCCUGCUCAAGGAGGUAGAGGCGGACCCUAACACCAUCAAAGCAUGGCUCAUGCCAAACGGUGUUACAUUGUGCGCGGACCAGUCGUUUACCGACUACGCGGGCUGGGCCCCGAACGACCUCAUCGGCAAGCCCUUCUCCAACAUCGCCGCCGAUCCUGAGGCCAUGGCGGGGUUGUUGGAGCGGGCUGUGCACAGCACGGAGGAGGAGCUGGCCAGCGGCUCGGUGCAGGCAGACAUGCUUGUGACGCACAAGUACGCGGAGGACGUACCCGUCACUGUGCGCGUCGACAUGGGAGGCACGGAUGACCAGCGGCUCCUGGUGCUGUCCAUAACUCGACGAGGCGAGACGUCACCCAUGAUCGUCUUUGAUCAUCAUGGCCGGGCUUUGUUUGCCAACCAGGCGUUGUGCAGCCUGCUGGGCACCAAGCCGAAGGACAUGCGCGGUCGCGACAUGGCCAGCCUCCUGCCGCAGCCGUUUGGUCUGCUGCACCACCGCUGGAUUAAGGAUGCGGAGGGCGCGCUCACCAAGCCGCCGCCCUCCUCGUGCCGUGCGGGUGCGGUGCACAGCCUAUUGUCCGCCAAUGGCGUACAUGUGCCCGUGCGGAUGGCUAUUUCCAGCCGCGAUAUGGCGGGCGUCAGCAUGCACAUAGUGCGCGCCCAGCGGGUAUCACCGGAGGAGGCGAUGGAUGAGCAGCGCCUGCACAUCACCACCGACCAGCACGGCCACAUCCUGUCCAUCCACGCCGCGCCGCACCAUGCUGGCGGUGCUGCGUUCUCGCAGCCACCCCCGCCCCCCACGCUGGACGGCUCUGCGCCCGCAAAGCCCCAGGUAUUCGGCUUCCCACCCGAGCACCUGGUAGGCCGCAAGCUUUACGAGGCGGUGGAUGUGUUCAGCGAGUGGCAUACUGAGGGGCACUCGGUCAUGCACGCGGUCAAGGCGCUUGCGCAGGUUUCUGCAUCCAAGCCCGGCUCUGCCUGGCGUGUGGGCGUGCUGCCGCACCAUGUGUCGGUGGAAGUGGAGAAGGCGGCGGCGCGCGUGGGCAGGUCGAACAUGGCUGACGGGAUCGCAGAGGGCCACGGGCAUCUGUCGAGGCAGGACAGCCAGCACUCCGUCGGGCCCGGCGCCGGCGGUGCCCGCGACAUGACUCGCAGUACCACUCUUCUACGCACGUCAAUGAGCAAGAGCCGGGCUGCGGUCAUGCAAGUUACGGGGCCCGAGCACACGGCUGAGGGCACGCGUUACACGAUACGGCUGUGGCGACCGGAGCUGCUCACCGGCGUCAUCGAACUUAACGAGCGCAUGACCGUGCUGAAGGCGGAUCCCGUGGCAGGCCUGAUCUUCGGCAUCCCGGCGUCCAGCAUGAGCCAGCAGCCGCUCACCCGCUUCCUCAAGUUGGGCCCACCCGGCGCCAUGUCAAUGAAGAGCGGCUUGGUUGGGGCCGCUUUAAGCGUGCGCUCCGGAGCCGGCGGAGGUGGCGCCGUGGCAGGGCCCAGAGGCAGCGCCAGCGGCGCAGCCACUCAGCUCAUCUCCAUGGAGUCGCUGCUCGGCAAUAAACAUGUCAAGGGCGGCAUGAAAGGCGGCAAGAACGCUCACAAGACAGGUCCACGCCGCGUCUUCGAGGCUCGGCACGCAGAUGGACUGCCGCUGCAAAUCUCCUUUCAGGCCGCUCUCAAGGCCGGCUCUGCCACGCAGCGCCUGGUGGCUGCCAUCAAGCCGCUCAACCUCAGCCUGCGCGGCAACGUGGCGGUGUUGGCGGCGCUUAUGCGCGGCGAUGACCAGAUCGACCAGUGUACCAUCGAUAACGAGGGCCACUCGCCCUCACUGCACCGCAUGCGCGCCGCUAACGCGGUGCGCCUGCGCGCCAACGCGGAGACAGUGCAACGGCGGGAUAAGCAGGCGGGCGCGGGCACAGUGAAAGACAAGAACACUGGGAAGGGCGGCGGCGUGCCGAGGCUAGCUCUUGCCAAGCUGGCAUCACCCGAUAGUGUAGCAGGCAGCACCCCAUCCGGCAUGGCAACGGCAGUAGCGGCUGGCAUGGCCAGCGCUCGCACGCUGGGGCCGGGUGGGUCAGGCAAAGCUGCAGAGGAGGAGGCGCCACCCACACACCGUACCGAUGGCUCCGCGUUAGCCACUGCGAGGGACGUGGGCCUCGAGUUUGGGCAAAUCCCAAGGGUGGGCGAAAACGGCGGUGACAGUGGUGGCGGCGAUGGCGAUGGCGGCGGCUCAUUGGGCGACGGCUCAUCGCCAAGCGGCAGCGGCCAGCAGGAUGCAGCGGCCAAGCAGGCAUCGAGCAGCCUAUCCGGGUCAGGCUCACGUCACAUCUCGGACGAUUCCGCCAUGGGCCGUUCUCACCCUGGCAAGGGGAGUGACCGCACGCCGGCAGGCGUCGCCGGCCACAAGGUGCCGCUGUCCAAGCGCUUCUUGACACGCGAGUGGCAAGACAUAGUGCACGUGGACCCAGAGCAGGUGCCCCUGCCGCACGACGCCGAAUACGAGAUUGAGCACCAUGUCGGCGAGGACAAGGACAUGAACGUGUCCAGCAGUAGCAGCAGUGACAGCGACGGCAGCGGCAGCGAGGCCGGCGACCGUGUCCAUGGUCGCAAUACCGGCGUCGCCGCGGACACGAUGACCCGCGAGGAGGCCCUGCAGCGCAAGAAGACCAUGGCCGCACUGGAGCCGGGCGAGCGGGUGCAGUACGUGCGCGGUGUGAAGCGUGUCAAGGAGUGGCUGGCGUCCGGCUACCAUUUCGACCGCCGGGAUGCUGAGCCUGAGGAUGAGGCGGCUAAGUCCCACCCCGUGCGCAAAGUCAGCUCGCUGCGGCAGCGGCAGAAGUCGCGCCAGCUGUCCAAGGUGCUGGAGGAGGAGCCUUCUAGCGGGCUGGACGGCGACGGCGAGGUGGACGAUGAUCCCUAUGACGCUGGGCUGAAUCCCGACGACCAGCUCAUGACACUGGAGGAGCUGGCGGAGGAGAUGGAGCGGCAGGAGACCUUGGAGGAGGGCGAGGAAGAGGGCGGCGAGGGCAAGGGCAGCGAGGAAGACGGGGAAGCGGGCGCUGGCGGUGGGGGCGGUCCUCUCAAGGGCAACGCAUGGAUGGAGGUCGGCGGCGGCGCGGCGUCUCGUGCAGCUACACACGGCGGGCGAAGUGACGGCGGUCACAGCAUGGGCGGCCCACGCACGCGACGUGGGCCGGGUGUGCACACCGGCACAGAUGUGGAGAGCGGCGCAGGCGAUGGUGCGAGCACUAGCACCACCAAUCGGACCAUGAAUCGCGGCCGCCGUCUCAAGCGUCUGCUCAAGCUGCUAUCAGGGCAAAAGGUGGUACGCGGCGUGACGCGGCUGCGACUGCAUGUGCUGGUAGUAAUCGGGCUGAUGCUAUUGGUGCACGCGGUGUGCUACCUCAUGCUCAUCAUCCUGAUCAACAAGCAGAAGGCCUUCAUCACUGAGAUCAGCGCUGCGGGCGAGGCUAUCGACCGCUCCCAUUUCACGAGCAUGUACUCGCGCGCUAUCGAGGCCGCCAGUCGUGGUGAGGGCUUCACCGCGGCUGACAUCGGCGGCCUGGCGGCGCACAUGGACACGGAGACGGACCGGCUGGAGUACCUGCACCAGGGCAUGUACCUGGGCUUCAAGGGGCUGCGGCGCUCGUCCUCGGACCGGCUCAACGCGCUGUGGGACGACCCCAUGUGGCCCACAACUGUGUACAAGGACACUAAGGUGCCCUCGUAUGACCACAAGAACAUGACGCUGUGGAGUUUGGGCAAUGACUACAUCUCUGCCGCCCGCGAGGUGGCUUACUACGCCUCCGCAAGCAAGCUGUUUAUGCAGCAGGCCUCCUACACUGGCGCUAAUAUGACGCAGCCCUCUGCGCCGCCGCCUUCGCUAGCGGCCUCAGGCUUAGUGGCGUACAACGUGACACUGCCUGCAAACCGCUUCUGGCUGUUCCUGCGCGCCAACGUGGGCGAGUCGCUGCACACCGCCUACGUGCGGGUCACCAACACACUGCUCAUAUUGGCACAGGACAACAUCUCAAACCUCAAGUUGCUGCUUCUGGUGCUGCUAGUGGUGGAGGGUUGCGUGGUGUGCUUGGCAGCCAUUGGCUACGUGUUCUACCUGCUGUGGAAGGCCUCCCGUGCGCGUGCGGCGCUGUUCACUGUGUUUCUGGUCAUCCCGCAAGGUCAAGUCAAGACGCUGGCCUCGCGGCACAUUACCACCAACCAAGCCGACUCGGAUGAUGACGACGACGACACGGGUGGUGGCGGUCGGGGCGCCGGCGGCGGUGACGAUAACGCCUCCGACGGCGCCAGCGUCGUGUCGGGUGCUGGCGGCGCCGGCGCGGCCAGCCGCCGCAGCUUUCAGUCUGAGCCGGGCAACCGCCGCGGUGUGGAGCCGCCGCCCGAUGGCGAGAAGGACAAAGACACUGGCGGGCCGACAUCUGGUGGUCGGAGGGCGGCCAUCAAGUUUAACGAGAACACGGAGACCAAGCACGACGGCAAGUCUCAGACGGUGAUGGGCCGCAUCAAGAGGGCCAUCAGUGGCGACGUGACGGCGCCCAUCAUGGACACCGCCUCCAAUGCCACGGCCACACGCCGCUUCACCACCCGCAAGCGGCUGACGCACACGACGUCCGACAUAAAGCAUCUGGCCUGGCCUUUCUUUGCGUGGGGGCUGCUCAUCAUGGCCAUCUACCUGGUUUCGUUCCUGCAGUUCGCGGGUGUGGAGGAGCGCCUAGUGGACCUGAAGAUGUUUGAGCGCUCUAAUGCGCAGGCCUCGCGCGCCAUGUACUACGCGACCGACCUGGCUCUGGAGCCGGACAACGCCACGCAGACGUCAUUGCAGCAGACCCUGCGGCAGGAGGCUGCCUGGCUAGACGUGGUGUACAGCACCACCCUGUACGGCGGCCCCACCCUGGAUGAUGGCGAGGCGGCUGCGGACGGCGCACACGACGCCAACACCGGCUCAUUGUUCGCUAAACAGCUGCACGCCACACUCCUGUUCGAGAAAAAGGGCUGCCUUCGCACCUCCGGCGACAGCUGCCUCAAGGACAGCGAUCCCUUCUACCAGGUGUCCCGCAACGCCAUUGACCCCAUGAUGCGCCGCUUGAUGCGCGAGUGCACGCUGUUGUCUUUAGACGACCUGGCGGACGUGAACGCCAACAGCACCCGCUGGCAGUACGUGUGGCGUGUGGCGCGCUCCGACCUGCAUGACGGCCUGCACGAGCUGCUAGCGUCCUACCGCUCCGACGCGCUGGCGGCGUUCACGGCGCAGGGCACAUUGCACACCGUCAUCUUUGCCGUCAGCUGGGUGCUAUGGGCGGCCUACCUGUACUUCCUGCUUCGGCCCUACCUGCAGGUGUCGUCCACGGAGACCAAGCGCGUGGCGGAGCUGCUCAGCCAGCUGCCCGCGGAGCUGGACGUGGAGGGAAUGGUGGAGGAGAGCUGGCUGGUGGUGGCGGACACACAACUGGACAAGUCCGGCAUGAGCGUUUGGGACCCGCGCGGCCACUCCGUUGCACGCCUGGCCGUCAAAUCAGUCGUGUCAAUCUUUUCGGUCGUGCACAUGCGCCGCUUCAGCAUUGCCGGCGGCCGACUUUCGCACGACCGCGGCGACGGCGCAUCCGUGCGCUCCGCCGUCAGUGUUGGCUCGGCGUGGCACAGCAUCAUUGCCAAGGCGCGGCGAAGCAGCAUUGGCGGCGCGAGCGUCACCAGUGCAGUCGCUGCCGGCAAGCUUGGUGGUGGGGGUGGCGACAGCCAGGACGAGGAUGGGGACAUGGGCAAGGGCCGCAGCGGCGGACUGGGCGCAGCACCGCAGACUUCCGUGCAUGCCAGCAGUUUGUUCGCGCCCAGCAGUAGCAAGCAGCUGGAGGCUACCAGUGGCAAGGCGCAUAGCGGACAGGGCUCACGACGGGUGGUGCCCACGGGCGGGCACGCGUCGCCUGAGGACUCGGCCAUGGUGGGCAACGGUAGCGGCGGGCGCCGCAGCGGGUCUUUCGACCAGCAGGGCGGCGGCGUCCACAAAAGCGCAGUUAAAAAGAACAAGGUGGCGCCCUUGGGAGCCGCCGGAACACCCAGCGGCGUCUGGCAGGACGAAGCUGACGCUGCUGCUGGCGCGCUUCCGUCAGGAGCGGAGCCGCGCAGUAUGCUUUCUAUGAACGACGGCGGUGGCUCGCGGCCGCUGUCGCCGCUGCUUGACUUGCCUAUGAGCCUUAUCGUGCCGCCGGUGGCCGAUACCUUGGGAGAUGGGACAGUGGGCGGCCGGCGGCCCGUGGGCGAGGCCGGCAGCCGCAAGCGGCCGGCCGGUGACACGGCUGAUGGCGAGGACCGCGGUGGUCACGGCGCCGGUGCGGCCCACGAGCAGGAGCGCGAGCCCAGCCCGUACCACUUUAACCGCGUCAUGGACGCGGCGCGUAACAACACCGUCAACUGGGAAGAUGAGCCGUGGACGCCGCAUGCCGCUCGUACGCGCCGCAAUAGUAUCGCCUCAACCUCCGCGGCAGCAGUGGCUGCAGCUGUUGCAGUAUCGAAGGCAGCAGCGGUCGAGCCGGCGCCCGUCGGUGGCGAGGUGGAUGAGGUCGCUUCAUCCGCAGCAGCACCUCUCACAAAGCCGCACAUGAGCGGCCUUACGUCAGACAGCCGCAGAAGCUCAAGUGCCCAGCAGCCACAGCUAGCUCUGCCACCGGCGCCGCAGCUGGCGGCGGCGCAAGCCGCCACUGCAUCCACACGCGAGCGGCUCGCCAGUGGCGUCAGUAGCUCUGGCGGCUCGCUCACGGUGUCAGCAGCCGCGCCGCUGGUGCCAGCUGCGGCAGCGGCAGCCGCGGCUACGACGCUGGCAGCCGCCGGCCUGGACAGCCCGGUGUCCGGGAGCAGGACAGCAUCCGCCAGUGCAGGCAUGCGCGUGGUGGACCGGCGCACGAGCCUCGACCGCGCUGGUUCCAACACCAGCACGGCUGCACCGCUGUCGCGUGUGGGCAGAGGGCUCUCCAUGGACCGCGGCAGCAGACCCAUUUCCCCGGCGAUGGUGCCGCAGCCGCAAUCCCAGCGGAUGACAUCCCCCGAUCUGCUGGUGCAGACCGCUACCGGCGGAACGUCCCCGGCCGUAGGGGCGCAGGCUGUAGGCGCGUCAGGGGUCGUGGGUGUGGUCAACCGCCGCACCAGCUUGGAAGCAGGUCUGGCUAGCAGCCGGCCCGGCAGCCGCCUAGGCACCGCCUCAGGCGCCGCACCUAGCAUCACGCUGCCACCGCCACCGACCUUUGGAAGCCAUGCAAGCGCCAAUGGCCUCGGGUCGCGUCCCCUGAAUACGAGUGCUAGCACGAGUAGCACAUCGCCUUCACCCGCGGCUGCAAAGGCGCCGUUGACACCAGCGGUGGAAUCCAACGUGGACGCGGUGACGCUGAUGCCGGCGGCCGAGGACCCAAUACGGCUAAUGAGUGAUGAGUAAGCAGUCUCAUUCAGGGAUACGCUUAGGCCGCAUAGAGUAUGGGGUGGUGGUGGUUACCAUGGAUUGCCGCAUGGUGCCUAAUUUUGUUCAUUUUUAGUAGUGAUGGGACAGGUAAGGGUGGCGUAGGUCUGACUUAGUGCAGCGUCCCAGCAUUCAUCGGAUACACAGUUGCUUUAUGGCCGAUGGUUGCUUGGUAAGCGUGCCUGGAUUGUGGCGGACAGUGCUGGACAGCUGCAAUCGCGCUCCUCAGGCUAGGGCGGCAAGGGCAACGCCGCGCCACCGCAUGCCCAAUACACAUGCAUGCGAUGGGAAACUGUAACUG